AAGGACGUGGUUGUUUCCCCAUUCCUCAGGCACCGGGCUCCUGCCUCUCCUCGUGCAUGGUGGUGGCCAGGAGCCCAAUGGGCGGUCCAGUGCCAGGAUCCUUGCAGGUGGCCUCAGCCUUUUAGGGUGGAUGUCACCAAAGUGUCCCAGUCUCCGAGACCAAGCACCAGAGAGUGUGCACCCACAACCCAGGUCACACAGGCUCCAGGUCCUUGCCCUGCAGCCCUGGGUCCCCUCUCAGGAGCUGCCUCAUCAUCACUGAUGAGACCUUGAGAAAAGUUGCAGGGGUUCAAAGUGACAGCAUAGAAAGAUCAGAAGGAUUUCCAAAGUAGAAAGAAGGAAGAAAACCGCUUCUACUUCUACCAUCCAGAGAUGAUAACCUUUAGUAUUUGGGAAUAUCCACCUUUUUUUUUUUUUUUUUUAAGAUUUUAUUUAUUAGAGAGAGAGCUACAGAGGGAGAGGGAGAAGCAGGCUCCCCGCUGAGCAGGGAGCCCGACUGGGGACUCAUCCCAGGACCCUGGGAUCAGGACCAGAGCGGAAGGCAGAGGCUUAACCAACUCAGCCACCCAAGCGACCCCCACCCAGUCUUUUUCUAUCGGUGGGGCUGCUACCCGACUAGAGGUGACAUUUGUUCUCUGUCAUUGACAUUGUGACAGAUACUUCAUGCUCUUAUAUAUCGUGUGUCCCCACUCCCAACAGCUGCAUCUGAAUUCAUCCAGGGCCCAUUCUGUAAGUCAGUGACCAUUUCUCUGUUGACAAGAGUGGGUUGGCCAGGAGCCCCUGCACAGGCAGAGGGCACACAGAAAUCGUCCCGGGAGAGGGAGCCAGGAAGACCCAAAAGGAGGCUGCAGGGAUGGGGCUGCUGGUUUCGCCCGCUUGGCCUCAGUUCUUUUGUGUCCAGGCUCAAGCCCCGUUUUCCUGGGAGUAAGCGCGCCCCACGUGGAGCGGAGGCAGGGAGAUCGCAGCGCCGGAGGAGGGCACGUCAGUUCCCGGAAUUGGCCGCAGGGCGCAGGCGCGCGGGGCCACCGUUCGCGGCGGGGCCCGGGUGCUGGGUGCCCGCCACCGUUCGCGGCCCGGCCCGGGUGCUGGGUGCCGGCCACCAGCAGGCCAGGCUCCGAGAUGGCCUCCCAGGCGCCGUCCGCCCCCUGCUCCCCAGAAUGCCUGGACGAGGACGGGAAGACAGUGUCCCAGCUGCAUAGCGUGCAGCUGCCCUCGGUCCUCUCCAGCGACCUUGAGCAACUGUUCCAUAAACUGCCCGGCACGGCUCUGAUCAGGGCCUAUGGCCGCUUCAAGCUGUCGACGUUGGAGGCACGCCAGGACGGGCUGCUGGCUCCCUGUGACCCGCUGGAGGUCAGCAGGGACUCGCCACCACCCCAGGAGCACCCGAAGCCUGAGAAGAAGUUCUGGGGCGACCAGGAAACCGUCUCCAAGAUCCCGUUUAAAGUUCUGAGGGGACAUGAGGACCUUGUGAGCUCCUGUAUCUUCUGUGUGGAUGACACGAAGCUCCUCAGUGGCUCUUAUGACUGCACUCUAAAGCUGUGGGAUGCUGUGGAUGGCUCAGUCAUUCGGGAUUUUGAGCAGAGGCCCAAAGCUCCUGUUUCAGAGUGCAGCGUGACGGCUGAUGGCAGAAGAAUUAUCACAGCGUCCUAUGACAAAGCGGUGAGGGCUUGGGAUCUUGAGACAGGCAAGCUGCUGUGGAAGAUCAAUCACGAAACCUUCAUAGCCUCCUGUAAGGUUUCUCCUGAUGGCAAAUACGUGGUCUCGGCCUUGGAUGUGGACCGCGCAAUCUGUAUAACAGACGCAGAAAAUGCCACCACCGUGUCACACAUCAAAAACCAUCACAACCGGUCCCUCACAGCGUGCUGCUUUGACCCCGACAGCCAGAAGGUGGCUUCCGUCUCGCUGGACAAAAGCAUCAAGAUCUGGGAUAUUACAUCCCAGGCCACGCUGCUCACCAUCACCAAGGCACAUUCCAGUGCAAUUUCAAACUGCUGUUUUACCUUCAGUGGCCAUUUCCUGUGUACAAGCUCUUGGGAUAAAACCUUAAAAAUAUGGAACGUCCAUACAGGCGAGUUUCGGAACUGUGGAGCCUGUGUGACUCUGAUGAAGGGCCAUGAAGGUUCUGUGAGCUCCUGCCACUUUUCCAGAGACACCUCUUUUCUCGUGUCUGGAGGGUUCGACAGGACUGUGGCUAUCUGGGAUGUAGGAGAAGGCUACCGGAAGCUCUCCCUGAAGGGCCACAGUGACUGGGUGACAGACGUUGCCAUUAGCAACAACAAGAAAUGGGUCCUGUCUGCUUCAAAGGACAAAACCAUGAGGCUAUGGAAUAUUGAAGAAAUUGACCAAAUUCCUUUGGUAAUCGAGUACAAAAAGGCCCUGGGCUUAAAGGUGAAACAGUGUGAAGUAUGUGACAGGCCUUUCUCCAUCUACGAAAGUGACAUCUUUUCUGAAACAGUCACCCAAUGUGUGUUCUGCCGGAUGGAUGCCAAAGACUUGUCAACAGAGGCCCCAUCAUUAUCAGGAGGGGAAGACUCACUGUCACAGGACGGCAGCCCGGGCGCAGAUGACUGAUGGCCAUUGGGCUUGCUGACUUGACUUGAGCACGUCACCUGUGACGCACGUUUUUCUCUAGGGCUGGACCCUGGCCGGGAGCGCAUGUCAGACUGGGGCAAG